AUGGCCCUCCUGGCUGCCCUCGCCACCAGACAGCCUAAAAGAAAAAGAGACCUGCAGGCAACCUGCUCGGACGAGGCAGCAAGUACCAACUCGGCCAGAACUGCCAGGGGGCUCUGGGGACUCGGAGGCCGCACAUUCAGCAGGGUUCCCGUGAUCAGCCUUCAAGCUCCUGCCCCCUUCCCGAACUCUGAGCAGACUGAGAACCCGAGCGCUUACCUGCGCCGGCCGUGGACGCCGAGGCCCGGGGCGAGCAGGGCCGCGGGCUUCCAGCGCCCUCCUCGCCGGCGCCGGGCUGCAGGGUUCCCGCAAGAUCCCGAAAUCCCCCCGGAUCCGCGUGGUCGCCGAGGGAAGCAGCCCGGCUCUGAACAAGCCCAGACCGACACUCACGACACCCGCAGGACUCCGUGCGAGGCACGUACACCUCGCAGGCGUCUGUCUCCUACCCCGGGACGCGACCGAGACCGACCCAAGGGCGAAGGUCCUCCUGAUUUGGUGAUGCGGCGGCUCCCUGAAGCGACAGGGGAAGCUCAUUCGACUCGUACUGGGGAGAAAACAGUCCUUGUGGAGACGGCAGGGAAGCGGCUGCUGCCCUGGCUGCCCUGGAGUGUCAUCACAUCUGCGCUCGCAGGAGGGAGCAAGUGGAGGCCAGGUGAGGACGCCGAGGAUCAGAAAGCAAAUUGCUUAGCCUCUCGAGGCCUUGGUGUUCUUGUGUGUACAGACAGCAUCAAGUUCGAGAACCACCAAAAUGCCUUGACCCGGGCAGCCAACAGUUGAAUGCAUUCCCUUUGGAGACACCAGGUUCUGGCAACUAAAGCAUUGGAAUAAUCAGAUUCUUAACACACUUUUUCAUCCAGAAAGGCCAAACCAUAUCCAGGCCUGAUUUUCUUUUCCUUUAGCACUUUUGUGUAAAUGAGGACUUUUUACAAAGUAUAUACCAAAAUCUGUCUCACUCACCUGUGCCCAGCCCGACCAGGCUCAAGGAUGCCAAGCCAUCUGUACUUCACCUAGGACCCAGCAAGCACCCAGACAUACACAUACACCUGACUUACGAGCAAAGCAGGGCUAUGGAGAGAGGGGGCUAUAGAAGUAGUGUGGGCAGACUUCAGUGUAUGCCUCCAGCUGUGCAAAGUCCACAUCCCAGUCAUAGCUGUGAACCAAUGUGCCAGAAGCCUUUAGGCCUGAAAUGUAACCAAGGAGUCCCACUCUCCAGUCAACCUAUGGAUCAAUCUUGUGCAAAACAGUGAAUUAAAAACAAACAAACAAACAAUGUCCUGGGAUUAGAUAUGGGGAUGGGGCACAGUUUGGGGAAUACACUAAAACCCACUGAACAGUACGCUUUUAAGUGGUAAAAUUUAUGGCAAGUAAGUUAUAUCUCAGUAGGAAAAGAAAAAAGGAGUCACCAGUCUUCCUUAUUGGCUACAAAUACAUGGCAAGAGCCCCGCCAGUCAUCUGAAAGCUCUGGCACUCUUGGUACUUACUUACUGCUAACAGAUCUAAUCCAGGUUGUUGGUAACACAGGAGCGUCAGGCAUCCUACAGCUGUAGCUGUGCUAUGCCAGGGCCCUGGCUGUGACCAUCUCAGGGGCAAGUGGCCAGGAAGCUGUGGCAGCCUGUCUGUUAUGCCCUCGAAGAAAGGACUACAGGGACACAGCCCCAGACUGGACCCUGCAGAAGAAAGAGUUCUUGCACAGAGGGACUUUCUUCCUUGCAACCCUGACAUCAGAGAAUCACUUGGGAGAGUAAUAGUGGAGGGGUCUGGGUAUGUGCACACGGCACAUGGGGGUGCUCCAGGGAGUCCCCCUAGCAUUACAGAGCCCUGUGUCAGCAAGCACAGUUUUCAAGGCCCCAUCUCUGAAUAAGGAAGCCCAACUUGACUGGUUGGGCUGGUGAAGAAAUCGCCACCAGAUUAAAAAUAGCAAAAAAAUGUAAGAAGAGUGCUGCACAAAGGGGAGAAUUACUUUGAAAUGUUUACUCAUUGCUAUGCUGACUGGGCAUUUUAACUAAACAUAGUUUUGAGUUCUGUUUAUUUUCCAGUUCCUAAAGUCACCCUUUGGCUUAUGCAUCAAGUCAGUCUUUUUCCUAAUUGAGGACAGAGAGGUCAGCUUAUUCUUAGGAGAUAUCUAUCUAUGGAUUGAUUGAUCGGUAGAUAUUUAAUACAAAUGAAUACAUACAUACGUUAUUUACUACCAUUUAUCAGGUGCUUAUUCUAUGUUAUACUCUGUUAAUGUGUUUUACAGACUUGGUCUCACUUGACUCCCAGCAGCUCUAUGAGAUCCUUAAUAUUAUGCCCAUUUAGCAGGUGAUAAACUGAGUCUCAGAGAAGCUUCAGUCAUAUCGCUUAAAAGUGACAGAUCUAGGGGAACUGGGGGGCUCAGUUAGCUAAGCAUCCAACUCUUGAUUUCACUGAGGUCUUUAUCUCAGAGUCAUGAAAUCGAGCCCUAAGUCGGGCUCUGGGCUCAGCAAGGAGUCUGCUGGAGGUUCUCUCUCUCCCUCUGCUCCUCCCCUUGCUCAUUCUCUCUCUCUCUCUCUCUAAAUAGGUAAAUAAAAUCUUAAAAAAAAAAUGUGACAGACCUGGGAUUUGGACCUCUGCUGAACCCCAAAGGCAUGCUUAGCCUCAGAACACAGAGACACUAUUUAACAAAGGCUGCAGGGACAGAGGGGAAUCCCCUCCAUUUUUAUUGGAAUGAAUGAAAACUCCCCAACCCUGAGUCCAGAGAAGUGAGAUUUGCCCAGAUCUGUUUGCCCUGCCUGCAGCUUUCAUAAAUAUACAUAACUGGUACAUCCUAUUUCUCCAGCUCAAAGAGGAAAAUAGGGCCAGUUUCUGUCCUAAGAAUGGUAGGAAGGACAUAGGCCCUGCCCAAAGAACCCUGGGAGCAGCAACUUACCCCAAGGCUGUCAGUCCUGCUUACUGCCUCCAUCAUCCCUCCAGAAUAGAUCUGGAUGGUCAGGUUGAGGUCUGCUGGUUUCCCCAGGUACAGCUGGGCAGGGUGAUGCAGGAGGAUGCCCCAUGUCUUGGAGAGAGCAGACCCACUACCCUCAGUGUCUAGCUCUUUAGAGACAGAAAGUCUUGCUGAUCCAUAUUGGAUUAUCUAACAAAGACUUACACUGGGGGUCUCCCUUGGUCAGGCUUGGGCCCAAGUGUUUUACAGAAAUGACAUUUUUUAAUCUUCAUAAAAACACUAGGCUUUUAUUAUUCCCAUCUUACAGAUGAAGAAACUGAGGCGUGGAGAGGUUAGAAAGCUCCCCAAGGUCAUGCUGCUAGUUUGGGAUGUGAGUCCAGUGGUCCGGCUCCAGAGUCAGCCACAACCCCCUGUUUGUGUUACCAUAGCCUCCUGGGUAUUGGGGUGCCAGGUCUACCUGCUUCUCUAGGACUUCCUAGCUGCUGAGGUGGGCUUCCAAUGGCUCGUUCCCCAGACACCUUUGAAGUGUGUUCCUUCUUGUUGUCCAACUGCAUCAGGGUCAUCCCCAUCCGUCCCAGACAGUGGAAAGGUCUAAACUCCACCCUCUCCUUCCCCAAGGCUUACUGGCCCACUGCCACCUUCUAGUCACCUUUCUAAUCACCUUUACCUCCACAGUGGGGGGGCCACACAGCUGCCUUGGCUAUAGCCCUUCCUCAGCCAGAUGCUUCUGGUCUUAAAUUGCCCCCAGAAGCCAGUGAGUGUCAAAGGGACCCUUGAGUGGUUUCUCCUAGGACAAGACCACUCCAAGAUGGCUUCACAACUCCACUGCCAGCAUUAUGAACAACACACAACAUUGAAAGGCAAUUUCUCUGGUUAAGUAAAUCUGGUGCCGCCCCACACUAUAUAUGAUGACAUAUGUUACAUAAGAAAUACAUGUCUUAUUAUAUAGCAUAUAGGGGCACUUGGCUGGCUUAGUUGGUAGAGCAUGUGACUCCUGAUCUCAGGGUCAUGAGUGUGAGCCCCAC